CUAGCGUAUCUCAGGUACUUGUUGCAGUCGCUAUUAAAAAUUGUUUAGUCUUAUUUUGAAAUUCGGAACAAUUACUACGUUUUAAUACGAACAAGUUUUUAAGAUCAAUACCUGCCGGGUCGUGUUAUCAAAAAAAGAAGGCGAAGAUAAAAACAAUUUCGGACAAAACAGUUCUAAAAAUGUUUAGAAAAUAUACUGUUUACAUUUAGUUUUAUAUUAGACGCUGAUAAUUGACAAUUAACAUAUUUAAAUUUAUACAUUUGCGGUAAACGAACAAUUCAACGCUCAGUUUAUCUAAGAGAAGUUCACAAUGGUCCAACAACCCUCUUAUUGGAAAGUUUUAACUCGGAGAAAACAACUGUCGCAAGAGGGCGCAGAUGGGGAGAGUAAAUUAAAUCGUGUUUUAGGUUUAUAUGAUUUAACCGCCCUAGGUGUUGGUUCUACUUUAGGAGCUGGCGUCUACGUAUUGGCCGGUCAAAUCGCAAAAGAUCAAGCUGGGCCCUCAGUAAUGCUUUCGUUUGCCAUUGCGGCCUUGGCUUCGUUGUUAGCCGGUAUAUGUUAUGCUGAGUUUGGUGCUCGUGUGCCUAAAGCAGGUUCUGCAUAUGUUUACAGUUAUGUGUGUAUAGGGGAAUUUGCAGCUUUUGUCAUUGGUUGGAAUCUAAUAUUGGAAUAUAUGAUCGGUACAGCUAGUGUGUGCAGAGGUAUAAGUCUUUAUUUAGAUACUCUUAUCAAUGAUACCCUUAAAACCACAUUUGCUGAAGUAGCACCGAUGAAUGUUUCUUUUUUGGGAAGUUAUUUUGAUUUCUUUGCCUGUGGCCUAGUAGCAGUCUUUGGAGUUGCACUGGCUUUUGGUGUAGAAGCAUCAGCGAUUGCAAAUAAUUUUUGUACCUGUCUAAAUCUGUUCAUUUUAUUAUUUGUUAUUAUAGCUGGUUCAAUAAAAGCUGAUUUUUCGAACUGGACAAUUGAUGUUGAUACAGUAAAUAAAACCGAAUUACCACCAGAUGUUGACUUGGGCAUGGGAGGGUUUUUCCCAUUUGGCUUUACCGGUACAUUAAAGGGAGCUGCGACCUGUUUUUUCGGGUUCGUUGGUUUUGAUUGUAUCGCCACAACUGGUGAAGAAGUACAAAAUCCACGCAAAAAUAUUCCACGAUCCAUUUUGCUAUCGUUGGUAGUGAUAUUUUUGUGUUAUUUUGGAGUUUCAACAGUGAUAACACUAAUGGUGCCCUACUAUUUGCAAGAUCCCAAUGCUCCACUUCCAAGUGCAUUCAAAGUUGUUGGUUGGAAUUUUGCAAUGUGGCUUGUGUCUAUUGGAGGGUUAGUGGGGUUGCUUGCUAGCUUAUUUGGAGCUUUGUUUCCGUUGCCCAGAGUAAUGUAUUCUAUGGCUCAAGAUGGUCUUAUGUUUAGAGUUUUUGCACAAAUUCAUCCAAGGUUCCGAGUGCCUGUUAUAGGUUCAAUUGUAGCUGCCAUGUUGACAGCUCUUAUUGCUGGUUUAUUUGAUUUGGCUCAAUUGGUAAAUCUUUUGUCAAUUGGCACCUUAUUAGCUUACAGCGUAGUGGCCAUCUCUAUAACUAUAUUACGUUAUAUGGAUAAUGCCGAUACUUUUGGAAAAUCACAAUCAAAUGGAAAUAUUGACAGCGUAAAUGGUGAGAAUGGCCAUAGCAACGGAAAUGGCAAUCAUCACGGUAAUGCCAAUGGUAAUGGUUAUAAUGUAUCUGAAAAUUCGCUAUUGACUUCAAAGGGAGAACGUACCACUUUCAAGGCCGUGAUGGUGCAACUCUUUAACUUCAGGCGCGAAUACACUCCCAACGAACUUUCUACAAUUAUAGUUGGCACACUCAUCACCGUAUUUUGUAUUCUGUCAGCCGGUAUUGGCUUGGUAUUUAUGCAAGCAUACGACGCACUGAUUAAUAAUCAAACCUGGGUAUUAGUUAUAUUGGGGGUACUAUGUGUACUCACUGCGUUUGUAUUACUUUGUAUAUGUUUACAGCCGAGGGAAUUGUGUACGCGUGUAUUCACGGUCCCCUUUGUGCCCUUCGUUCCAGCCAUAAGCAUAUUUAUAAAUAUCUAUCUUAUGUUACAAUUAGAUGUUAUGACUUGGAUUAGAUUUGGUGUAUGGAUGGCUAUUGGUAUCCCUAUGUUUGUAGCAUGUUGGUGUAUGUAUGAUAUAAAAAAUCCAGCUAAUAGACAUCCGGAUAGAAUAGAAUUUGAAAGACUUUUAAAACUUUCAUCUCAAACUCAUCAAUCGAAUUUUGAAAAUGCAUUUAUAGACAAUUUUAAUAAUGAUCUUAAUAUAUCGACAUCGACGCUGAUAAUGCAACAAAAUGAACGUUCCGUUAAAAGCCUUGAUGAUAUCAUGGAUCUAAAUGAAGUUGAGGAAGGCUUAAAGGAAGUAAAACAUCCGAAUGGUCAAAUUUGUUAUAUCGAAGAUAGAAACAGCCACAAAUCGCAAAUAUCAUUACAAAAAAUGGACGAAGACAAUGAAAUAAAUUAUGCAACCUUGCAAAAUGACACUUCCGAAGAGGAAAAGUCCGUAAUAGCAUUGUUGGAUAAUGUACUUGAAAAAGAGGAUGACAAUUAUCAACUCUUACAGACAUAUGACCGCAAAAUCAGUAUAGACUCCGAAAUGGAACCGAGUGUUACCAGAACCACAACAGUAGCCACAGUACAUAGCAGCAGCAACAGUGACAGUUCGGAAAAUUCCACAAAAAGUCCAACGAAUAGCAUAGAUUCCGGUAUUGGAACCUAUGAAGAAAUGCAAAAAAUAGCUCAGGAACUGGUCGAUGAAAUUUUAAAUAGCGAAGAUCUAUGGUUAGCAUUGGAGAAACACAAACAACAACAACAACUGCUAGAAAAUACUAUUCUCAACAAAUCCAACAAUAGAAAUGAAUUACAUAACAAUGAAGUUGACAAUUUAAACACGUCAAAACAAGAAAAUGAAAAGAUAAUUAAUGCCUUAAAAAGAGUCCAAUCUGUAGAAUCCGUGUUAUCUUCAAACUCAGUUGAUGAUCCUUUACAUUCCGAAAAGUUUCGCAGUAAACUAAGUAAAUUAAUUAUAAAACCACCUGAACCAAAAUCUGUCAAAGACGACCACAAAACCGAAGAUUAUAUUCAAAACAUACAACCAAAAUUAAAACAUUCUAAAAGUGAAGCUGAUAUUAAAGUAUUAGUAUUGAAAGCAAUAGAGGAUUGUCAUGCCGACAUAGCCAAUAAAAAAGAGGAACCAAAUACUGGUGGGGAAGUUGGGAAAUACAUUCCAAAGCCCCCAAAAUUUGAUCCCGUAUUAUACAAAACUAUAAAUAGCAUAAGUAAAACAAAGGGAAGACCCAGUUUAGAUAAACUAUUGAAAACGGAUGAAUUAAGAAAAUCAAAAGAUCAAAAAAUAGAUUCACCAGAAAGAUACGACACGCAAAAUAACGAAUUGUCAUUCAAACAAAAACUUGAGGCGAUAUUGAAACGGGGACCUACACAUAAGCCUCAUAUCGGAACGGAAUUGGUAAAGACGAGGCCUAAAUCCGAGGGUCCCUUACAAUUAACCACCGACAAUCUUAAUAUUCCACAAAUUGGUAAUAAGCCUAAAAAUAAUCUCAAUAAAACAUCUUCACAAAUAGAGGAAUCGAAAGAAGUUUCAGCACCUAUAAAAACAAUUCCAAUUGAAUUAUAGCAUCUUACAAUAUUAAAAAUUAAUUAGUAGUCUUAUUUUUUUUUAAGAUGUAAGAUGUAACAUAUGUAAAUUUUGGUUGUCUUGUAGCAUGUAAAUGUUAUGUUAUAUUUAAUAUUUAAUAUUCUCCAAUUUUUUGUACAGAAAAUUUAAUCUGAAUGAGCUUUUCAAAAUUUUCAAAUUUCACAAAAUAUUUUUUUAUGAAAAAAUAUGAGGUAAUUUCCUAAAGGAUACCUCUAGAACUAAACUUUUGAGAUGUGAUAUAUUAAAACCUAAUGUUCACAUGCUUAUGUAUAUCACUUCUAAACAUGUACUUAAAAAAACACACACACAUAAUAUAAUACUUGAUUUGCAUGCUGUAUACUGGUAUUUAACCAUCUAGUCGUUAAUAUACAUACAUACAU